CGUUAAAGAAACAACAGUGACAUAUCUUCCGGUCUUGGACUCGAGCAUAUAAAUCAGUGCAAGUUACCAGCAGUGGUUAUAUCUCCUACUCUCUCGUGUUUGUUACUACUCUCUCGUGUUUGUUGCUGAGGGACCGUCAUGAUUUGGACAAUCCUUCUGCUACUCAACGGUAUCCUGUUCUUUUAUUUCCUUACUAAUCGUACUCGUUCCAAAAGAGAACCGCCUCUGGACAAAGGAGUUAUCCCGUGGUUGGGACAUGCAUUGGAUUUUGGAAAGGAUGCUGCCAAAUUUUUAACAAGAAUGAAACAGAAACAUGGAGACAUAUUUACGGUUCGUGUUGCUGGACGUUACGUUACCAUCUUACUGGAUCCCAAUUCCUAUGACUCUGUACUUCAUGACACAAUGUCUCUAGACUUUUCAAGCUAUGCUCAGGUGCUGAUGGACCGGAUUUUUAACUUGAGGCUCCCAAAUUACAAACCUGACACAGAGAAGGCCAUAAUGAGAAGGCAUUUCCAGGGCGAGAGCCUGUUAUGCAUGAACCACGUCAUGGAGAACCACCUGCGAACACUGCUAACGUUGGAGACAAGGGCUCUAAACAAGUCUGACUGGAAAAAAGACGGGCUUUUCCACUUCUGCUACAGCCUGAUGUUUAGGGCUGGAUAUCUCACACUCUUUGGUGGAGAACAGAACAACAAUUGCGCUGAUGCUGCCAAUGUAUAUACAGAAUACCACAAAUUUGAUAGUCUCUUGAUGAAGAUGGCUCGCAGCACUCUAAAGUCCGGGGAGAAGCAGACUACAGGCGUGGCGAAGCAAAGGCUGUGGGAUUUACUGGCACAAGCUGGAUUGAGGCAAGACUCCAGUUUCUGGUUGCAGAGUUACAGACGUCACUUGCAGGCAGAGGGCGCUGAUGAGGAGACACAGAGAAAGGCCAUGCUGCUACAGCUUUGGGCCACACAGGGUAAUGUAGGCCCUGCUGCAUUCUGGCUCCUGGCCUUCCUGUUGACCCACACACAGGCCAUGAGGGCAGUGAGAAAGGAAUUUAAUAGUGUCACAGUGCCUGGAACCAACACCCUCAACCCACAGGAGCAGACACCUGUAUUUGACAGUGUGCUGGAGGAGACUCUCCGCUUGACUGCUGCCCCAUUCAUCACUCGGGAGGUCCUGCAGGACAAAACACUGCACAUGGCAGAUGGACAAGAAUACGAUUUAAGGAAGGGUGACCGCAUCUGUCUGUUUCCUUUCAUAAGUCCACAGAUGGACCCAGAAAUACAUCUUGAACCUGAGAAUUUCAAGUAUGACAGGUUUCUAAACGUAGAUGGAACAGUAAAAAAAGACUUCUUUAAAGGUGGGAGGAGGCUGAAGUAUUUCACCAUGCCUUGGGGAGCAGGGACCAAUGUGUGCGUGGGAAAACCAUUUGCUGUUCAGUCCAUCAGACAGUUUGUGUUUCUGGUCCUCUUCCAUCUGGACAUUGAGCUACAUGAACCUGAAGCUCAAGUGCCUGAAGCAGAUGUCAGUCGCUAUGGUUUUGGAAUGUUACAGCCGAAUAAGGAGCUUCAGAUCCGAUUCAAACGCAGAGAUCUACCUUGUUUCCUAUAACAAUACACCUGGACUAAUUACCCAGCUCAUCUAUACAUAUUUAUUUAACAUUGUUUAAUACUUUUUUUUACUUAUGACUGUAAAUAAUUUUGUAUAUAUUUGAAGACUUUGUAUCUUAUAUUUUUUAAGGAUCAACAAAUGUGAAAUUAUUAAACAACCUGAUUCUGGAAAUAAUGUAAAACCUUCCCCAUGGCUGGUUUUAACACAAAGUUAUAUAUUUAUAACUAUACUGCCAGUUCUCACCAUACAUAAAACACAAAAGUUUGAUUAAAUGCUUAUCACAGAGCCGAUGGUUCUAAAGCCUGUACCGUUUCAGUACAGUCUGUCACUGUGUCCUUGUAGGCACUAAUCCUAAAGCUGCACUAAAUAAGAACAUGAGGAUUCCCCAGUUAGACCAUUGUCAAGAUGUUUCUUGAAUUAUAGAGUUAAAAUUAAAGAGUUUUAACAGAAACCAAAAUGUUUCUUUAAACUUAUACCUUCUUUAUACAUUCUUAAGCAUACCUAAAUUGAAUUUGGUCUGGCCCUAAUUACUGCCAAAUAUCAAACAACUGAAUACUGCAUUUGUACAUAUUUCUCUUUUUUGUUCCAGGAUACCACAAACUGAUUAAAAAUGAAAGUUUUUCAUUA